AUGAUAUUAGGAGAGAUACUGCGACGUGGAGCUCUCACUGAUUCACAAAGGCAAGCAAGUGCGUCAGCAUCAGACAGAUUACGAAUGAGAGAACAACAUGGUUGUGCCCUUCCAAAUCCUAGGAAACCAUCAAUAAUACUUAGAAUAGUGCCACAUAUUCGUAGUUUCACACCAAUCCUUGGGCAUGUGCCACGCGGGGGAGGCGGUGGUGGAGUUCUCGGAGGAGGUAUUAAUGGUGUCUGUGGAGGAGGCGAUAGUGGAGGCGUUGGUAGAGACAUUGGAGGUGCACGCGGAGGAAGCAUUGGUGGAGGAACUGCUGGUGCAAGUGAAGGAGAAAUUGAUGGAGUUCUUGGCAGAGACAUUGGUGGUGCAAGCGAAGGAGAAGUUGGUGUAGGCUUUGGCGGAGAUUGUGGUGGUGCACGUGGCGAUGAGAUUGGUGAAGUUCUUGGAGGAGGCAUUGGUGGUGCCCGUGGAGGAGAAUUUGGUGGACUCCUUUGUGGAGAAACUAGUGGUGCAAGCGGGAGAGACGUUGGUGAUUUUUUUGGUGGAGACAUUGGUGGUGUUUGUGGAAGAGAAUUUGGUGGACUCGUUGGAGGAGAAAUUGGUGUUGUCUGUGGGGAAGUGCUUGGGGGAAUCCUUGGAGAAGGAACUGGUGGUGUCCGUGGAGGAGAAAUUGGUGGAAACACUGGAGAUGCACGUGGAGGAAGCAUUGGUAGAGAAAUUAAUGGUGCAAGCAUAGGAGAAAUUGGUGUAGUUCUUGGUGGAGACAUUGGUGGCAUUGGUGGUGUUUGUGGAGGAAAAUUUGGUGGAGAGAUCGAAGGCGUUCGUGGAGGAGUGGUUGGGAUAUUUCUAGGAGGAGGACCUAGUGGUGUACGCGGAGGAGAAGUUGGUGAACUCCUUGGAGGAGACAAAGAUGGUGUACGCGAAGGAUUAGUUGGUGGAGUUCUUGGGGUUGAUGGUGUAGGUGGUGUGCGGGGACGAGGCUGCCCUUCGGUGUGGCCUAAGAAGAGGAUGAUGAGCGCAAAGACAAAAGCUAGGGAUGCUUUCGUACAUUUUUUAUCCAUUUUUUCGAUGGAGAUAUGUCCUCAACGGAGGAUUAUGUAUGGAUACUGGUGA